AUCAUUCCUAACAAACAACUUCCCAUAUCGAAAGCCGCACAGCAAUCAUGAGAUUCAUUACCACAAUUCUCACCCUUGCAUCAGCCCUCACAUUCACCAGCGCAGCUCCCGCACCAGGGGAGCCAUCAAUUGUAAGGGGCAACCUUUUCGAGCGCCAGGCACUAUGUAUGGACCACCCAUGUGAUUUUGACACCGAUUGUUAUGCUUGGAGGUGUGGUGAUUGCCAAUCGAACGGCAAGUGUGGUUGCCCUCCUGAAGCGAAUGGGCCACCUUGUUAGAUAGACUAGCCACAGAUGGGCUAAGUGAGGAGGCGUGGAUGGGAAUCAAAGAAACUUUAGCAAAACAGAACAAUACAAACAUUCGUUAA